UCAUUGUUUUUGCAGAUCUGGCUGACAACAGUGAAUGACAUUGGCAAACCUAAAGUUCAAGUAGGCAUCAUACUGGGCCACAAUGUCAUGGAUGUCCAAGGGGUACAAGCAAAACAAUAUAUUGUUUUUAUGCGUGUAUCUACCUGAGAUUAACCAGAGUUGAAAGUGCAUGGAAUUGGAGGCAACUUUACCAUAUCGUUAGUGAAUUUGUUGUGACGCAGGAGACAGAAUAUGGAGGCAAAGUACAGCACAUAUUCUGAAUAUUGAGAUGUGUAAGAUUUAUUAUGGACCUGUAUGGAGGCCUCAGCUUUUCAUUAAAUUUGCCAAAUCCUAGCAUAUGUCCCUGGACCUGAUAACGCAUUUGCAGCGGAGCGCAUUGCUGACUGUUUCAACAGAGCUGUCAAUCAGAGCAGCGAUCAGCUUGUCUUCCUGCUCGGGGAUUUUAACAGAUGCGAUGUCACCACACUGCUUCCAAACUUGGAGCAGUAUGUUACCACACCUACCAGACUUGACAGAACGCUGGAUCUGUGUUUCGGUAACAUACCGGGAGCCUAUGUCUCAAAGCCCCGCCCACCUAAAUCUGCUGACAGACUCUAACUCCUCCUAUUUGUCAUUCUGUGUGGAUGCUGUUAUACCAACAAAGCAGGUCAAGCUGUACCCUAAUAACAAGCCUUGGGUUACCAAGGACCUGAAGCAGUGUCUUAACAACAAAAAUGUGGCAUUCCUACAGGGAGACAAACACAGAGUAAAACAGUAUAAUAGUGAGCUGAGAAGGAAGACCAGGCUGGCCAAACUUCACUACAAAAACAAAGUGGAGGAAAAAUUCACCACUGGCAAUGCAAGGGAGGCAUGGCAGGGACUUAACAGCAUGAUGGGCAGAGCACAGAAACCGGCCCUGUUCCAAUGCUCUGACCCUGCCACCUUCGCUGAGCAACUCAACAUCUAUUACAGCAGGUUUGACAGGACACCCCCCCAGAAUGACUGGACCCUCACCAGCAGUUCAUCAAUCACAGUGGAUAAAAGGAAGGUUACAUCUAUACAUAGAAACAUAGGACAUAGAAAUUAGGUGCAGGGGUAGGCCAUUCGGCCCUUCGAGCUUGCACCGCCAUUCAAUAUGAUCAUGGCUGAUCAUCCAACUCAGUAUCCCGUACCUGCCUUCUCUCCAUACCCUCUGAUCCCCUUAGCCACAAGGGCCACAUCUAACUCCCUCUUAAAUAUAGCCAACAAACUGGCCUCGACUACCCUCUGUGGCAGAGAGUUCCUGAGAUUCACCACUCUCUGUGUGAAAAAAGUUCUUAUCAUCUCGGUUUUAAAGGAUUUCCCCCUUAUCCUUAAGCUGUGACCCCUUGUCCUGGACUUCCCCAACAUCGGGAGCAAUCUUCCUGCAUCUAGCCUGUCCAACCCCUUAAGA